GCUCGGCGUUCGGCGUUGGUGGCAGGCGGCGCCCGGGACGGUUCUGGGGUAGAUCCUCCUCUCUCUCUCUCUCUCACUCUCUCACUCUCUCUCACAGGAAAGGAGUGGGACGGCAGAAACAGCAGCAUGUGGAUGUAAGAGACAGGAGUGUGUUGUCGGCGACAAUGCCAGGCAACGUCUGAACUCCUCGGGGCUUGAAGAUCGGCGCUGCUGUUUUUAAAACGCGGGUUUUGGGAGUCGUCGGCGGCAUCAGGGAGCAGAACCGACCGGGGACUGCGGAGAUACAACAGGCCCUUUCAGCCUGAUGAGCCCACGCCACCCAUGUGACCAAUCAACUUACUAACCGCUAGUUCGUUGGAUUGUGGCAGAAAAUGGAAAUCCACACAGUCACAGGGCAAACAUACAAAUUCCUUACAGACACCAGCGGAGUUGAACGCAGAGUGGUAUGUAGAUUGACAGCUUUCUAUUCCCCCUCAAACUUCAAGACCUUUGAUUUUAAAGGCUUGCAGGGUGCCAGGAAAGAUGUCCAGCAACAACACAGCCAGUAUAUCUCAGGCCAGGAAAGCGGUGGAGCAGCUGAAAAUGGAAGCUUGUAUGGACAGAAUGAAGGUUUCAAAGGCAUCAGCUGACCUGAUGGCUUACUGUGAUGCUCACCUCAGGGACGACCCACUCAUUGCCCCACUGCCUGCCUCGGAGAACCCCUUCAGGGAGAAGAAGUUCUUCUGUGUCAUCCUCUGACAACGUCCAAGAAAGAGGGCUGAGAGGUGGGGUAUACUUUGUCCAAACAGAAGACUGUGGUUGUUGGGAGUGUCACAUGUGCAUGCUGUAAUCAUUGCACCUAUUUAGAGGAAUAACCGUUACUAAGUGUUUUAUGUUGAUCAUGAUUUUGAUGGCACAGUAUUGUGUCAGUUACACAAUCACAAGAUAAUUCUUUUUUAUGAAUUUAGAUGACUUUUUCUAACUAGAUCCUUGUGUUUUGUAUAUUUAAUAUAAAAUGUUAAAGCACAAUUCAUUGGUGGUAACAGGAAGGAGUGGCUUUGCAGAGAAGUUAAGUAUAAGCAUUCUAUUUUUUAAUGAUCAUACAUACCUAGUGAGAUAAAGUGAAUUUACACAAUCUCAGCAGUACUGAAGUUCCAUGGAAAGGGCAAAAUAUUAAGAAAUGUUUAUUGUGAAACUAACCCUGAAUAAGAAACAAAAAUAACUUGUUUUUAUAGAAAAUUAUCUUUUGCUUUCUCAAUACAGAUCUAACAUAUCCUGAUUGAUCUGACAAUAGUUUUGAAUAGCUUCCUUAUUUCGAAGUUCAAAGUAAAUUUAUUAACAAAGUACAUAUAUAUUACUGGGUACUACCUUGAGAUUCAUUUCCUAUAUCUAAAAGCAUUGCCAAGUUUAGUAGAUUAAUUGGUGGUAUUUUCAAACAGCUUGGGGCUUGAAUCUAUGUCCAAGGUCCCAGCGGUACUGAACAUGGAACUUGCAGCACAUAAACAGUGGUAUGUUGGUGCAUAUGCUGCACAUGAGGUGUUUGCACUCAUCUUCAUCUCACCCUGUUAACAAACCCUUCUGUUGCUUUGUUGCUCCUUUUGAAUGUGCUGAUCGAUACCACAUUUCACAACUCCCUGAGUGAACGGGAGAAGAAGAGCGAAUUCCCUACUGGACUCACUAAUCACUUUCUUGUAUUAAUAGCCUCAGCAUGUUCUGAAAGACAGUCCUCUUUGCAGAAAACAGCACAAGUUUUUCUCUGUAUUUAAAGAGACUGUAUACUUGAAGAAUGAGAGCCAUUUUUUGAACGAAGCAACAAUCUUGAGCAGGGUCCCUUACAUAAUGGAAUGUGGGCUAUUUAUUAAGUGAAGAUUAGUGAGUUUGGGAUAUCCUCAAGUACCAGAGUGCAGCAAAAUUGCCCUCCUUUAUUUCAGAGAAGUAAUUUAUGAUGACUUCUGCCUAUUCUUUUUUAAAGUACCCUGUGAAGGACAUAGAAUGGGAGCCUUGUGAAAUGGGAAGUGAGGGUGUCAUUGCCAAUUAACCGGAAUCUGGCAACCUGCACUCGUUUCUCAAUCACGGGAUUCUUGGGCACCACUUACUAUUGGACAGGUAUUUUACUUACUCUCAGAUGGUGGUUGUCCAUCGUGUCCAACAAUGAAAGGAAAUCUGUGUGGGAGAGUUUUUAGAGUGAAAAAGCUGCUGCAUUGGGGCAGUUCCACUCUAUCAACCUCAUAAGUCUGGGUUUAGAGGUAUGAAUAAGCAUCACAAACUGGGGUUAGUGUCUGACCAUGACCAUGGCAUCUUCUGUGCCUUGUCAUGUCCUUUGCUGUCCUUGGAAUGAUGCAGUACCUUCUUUCUGUCCGUUGGAUCUCACUGUAGGUCUCAUCCGUCCGGUCCACCAGAGCUGACUUUGCGUGCUGGGACAGGCAUGUCCCUAAUUCUCAAGUAUUAUUGGCUUUUAACACAUGGAUUUAAUUGGUUAUUAAAAUCUGAAAUAUAUAUUAUGAUUGAUACUUAAAUAUGCAAAUGUUGGGAUUCUGAAGUGCACCAAGUCUCUAAUGGGUCAAUAUUUGUAAAGAACUAGUCCAAUUCUGUAUAAAAAUGGCAAUUUUUUUGUUCAGAUGUCAGAACAGGGUGGUGACAGAGACCAUGCUGUUUCCCUUGUGCACAAGUAAAUAAAGUGUAAUUGAGGAAUGAAUGCAAAUUGUCAGAAUCCAGUUAAUGGGCAAUGACAGGGGAAGCUUGAAAGCUCAGAAAUGGUGAACUCAGUACUGUCAUCACAGUUUUAAUCAAUUAAAAUAUCUUCAAUGUAUAUUUAACAUGAAAUACAAUAAUAAGAAUUUAAUAUGAAUGUGAGUUAUUGUGUUGAUCAGAACAUUAUGGAGCAGUUCCUCGUAGGAUGCUGGCAGCUAAGAUUGCUCAUUGUAUAGGAGGUUUUCUGGGCUGCUGAGUGUAGUGCAAAGAAUCAAAAAUGCACCAAACACAUUUCCAAAUAAAAUAUCUACUCGAUUGAUUUUGUGUGAUGGCUGCUGUUGGUAUCUGUGAUAUCCCCUGAGCUGAGGAGACAUUAGAACCACCUAUCAUAUCGAUACAAUGGAUGUUCAAGAGUGCAGCUUUGCAAACUUUAGCUAAACUCAUAGGAAAGUAGCCCUGAAGCAGGUUUUGUUACUUACCACAAAAAAAGCCAUUUAUGUUUCCAAAGCUGAACAGAAAGAGGUUGCAUUCUUGAUGCUAUAAACACAAUGGGGAAGGCAAAGAUUCAAGAUUGUUGAUUGUCAUUCUUCAGUACACGAGUGUAAUGGAGGACAAAAUGAUUGUUGUUCAUUGACAAAAAUAUUUGCGUAUCACAUUCCCGAACUAGAUCUUGGAUGGGGUGAGAACGGAUUAGGAUAAGUAACAAAAGUUUGUCAAAAGGUUUUAAAGUGAGUCAUGAAUGAAGGAAGACAGUUGAAGGAAUUCCAGCGUUCAGAAUCUACAGGGCUCUGGAGAUCUGCUUAAAUCAAGAAGUUGAAGGCAAAGCUUUACACUGAAGGUGAUAACCAGCUGGAAAUGGGUCAGAGUCAGGUUCUGGUCAGUAAGGAGCAACUGGAUGCUUCAAAAGGAAUAUAGACAGGCUGGUAUUUAGCCGUCAGAAGUGUAAAAGCUUAUGAGACUGCCUUCAACAGAACUGGUCUUGUGAUGUUGGUUUCAUCUAAAAUGAAUAGGAAUACAUCAAACGUAUGAUAAUAGCCAAAAAUGUACAUCUUUCAAUUCAGCACAAUUGCACUGUAAAUCUGAAUGUCAAAUAUAAAUUGAUUAAAAAUUAAUUCCAGUGUUUAACUUUUGAUGU